GACAUGUGGUGGAAUGGAGGCGAAUGCCGGGCUCCGGGUCUGCCGGAGACCGAUCCCGAGGUGGAGGAGACCGAGGUGCUGAGCAGCGGGGCAGAGCCUUCCGUGGGUGAGGAGAUAGAGGACCUGGACGGUGCCUACGAAGAGCUGGAGCUAAUCAAGCAGCGCCUGUUGCAGCUGCGGGAGAUACUCCUGCCGCCGCAGAAGGACAAGUGCUACCAGCAACAGGAGGAGCAGGAGAGGGAGGAAACAUCCUUCAAGACCCAGGAAAGCUUGCAGCUGAUUGAGUUGCGUCGCCAGAACUGCCAAAUGCGAUGCAAGCUUGCCACCUCAUACGAGCAUCUGAACUCCACCCGGAAGCAGAUCAAGGAGCUGGAAGGAUGGCGCUGCCUGCUCCAAACCCGCAUCCAAAACAUGACCAAGCAGGUAACACAAUUCGAAGAGUUUAAGAUCAGAGCCAUUCACCACUUUGCCCUGUGCAUUGAGCGCUGGGAGCAGCAGAAGACCACCAAGGUGGAUCACGUCACCUACCGCAACCGGAUGCAGAAAGUGGUCUACCACGCGGAUAACUGCCGCCAGGUCUUGGUGCCGCUCCACUGCCACAUGGCAGCUCGGGAGCACGUCCGUAUGGAACUGAUGCUAUUGCGUGCCUUCCUCCACAACCUCCUCGAGGCGAUGGUCAGCGACUUUCGGUUCUUCUGUCGCCAGAUGAGUGUCAGGUACACAAAAAUAUCUCUGCCGGAAGUCGGUUCCGGUCAUUCUACCAACAAGCAUUCAGCAGAUAUGGACACUCCGUCCCAUUCCUUGGCAUCAUUCGAUUUAUCGCUUCGUAAUUUUACCGAAUAAUGUUUCCAUUUUCAUUUCCCGAA